AUGACUGGUGAAGAAACAGCGAACAAUAAAUCAACAAUGGCGUGUCCGGGCCUGCAUGUAGUGUUCGGCAGUCGGACUCGGCGGGGUUUGUCGCACCCCAACGAGGACCGUCAUGCCGUGGCUACGUGGCAGAAUUGGAAUCUAGAGGCGCACACGCGGGAGGAGCCGGAAAUUGACCCGGGUGACGCGUAUCCUAAGCCGGAGUUGGUGGCGCCGAUUUGUACGGGGAGUGCGCGAAAGGACACGACAGUGUCGGGUUGUGGGGGUACGGGUGCGUUGAAGGACCCUCAAGUGGCGUUGGGUCUGCAUUUGGGUCAGAAGGUAGUUUUGGCUGACCAGGACCCUACGAAGCAGGCUGCGUACCUAUGGACGGUGUGCGACGGGCAUGACGGGCCAGAGGCGGCGGACUAUGUGUGUCAAUCGGUGGGGGAGGUCUUCAGUCGUAUUUGGCACAAGAGCGUGAGUUACAAAAUGCCUGCGAACUAUCUUAAGGACAAGGCGUUGGCGCCGGGAGAAGACCCGCAAACUUUUGCCCGAGGCUACUCGCUUUCGAACGCGCUGGCACGUACCUACGAAGUGCUCGACCAGAACUUCAAGCAACUUGUGUGUCCUGAUACACCGGCUCUCGGUAGUGGGAGCACAACCGUGCCGUCAACGGAGCACGCCACCGCCGGUGCCGGCGGGGGUUCCGGUAGUGGUUAUGGCAGUUCCGUGGUGGGCAGUACGGCGGGUAGUUGUGUAACAAGCAUCUUUCUGAGCGGGAACCUGUUGUGCUGUGCGGGGUUGGGAGAUUGCAAGGCGGCGAUUUUGACAUUGGAGGAUGCGGAUUCCCCCGCUGCUUCACUCGAAAUGGGUUCGGGUAGCCAACAACAGUUCCAGGUGACGUGGUUCAGCAAAGAACAUCGAUCGAGUGCGCCCAAGGAGCGUGCCCGGAUUCGAGCCCGCGGCGGUUGGUUCCGACAUGGGCGUGUAGGCGGCGUGUUGGAGCCUACGCGGACGAUUGGGGACUUUGACGUGAAGGCGUCGCAGCCGGCCGGGGUGUUGAUUGCGACACCGGAAGUGCGCACGUUCAACGUGACCAAGCCGGCCAUGAUCCUGGUAGCGAGCGACGGUGUAUGGGACGUGAUGGACGCGUCCCAGUUGCUGCGCACGUUGAAGAAACGACGUAGACUCUGGCGUGGUGUACUGUCGUGGCUAGGAGCGCCGGUACCCGAGCGGCGAAGUUUAAUGAACUUCGGGUUCCGGAAGCGCGCUAAAUCCAAGGAAGGAUUGUCGGGGAUCCUCCAACUACCCACCGGCGGCGACUUGGUCGCCAUGGCCGAAGCUUUGGUGACCCGCGCACAUGACCUCGGCAGCGACGACGACUGCACUUGCGUCUGCAUAUACCUCCGCCCUGCCCAACAAGUGCCGCCACCCGUACCCGGCGAAGGCCUCGGCGAGAGCGGCCUCGGCUCCAAACGUGAGUCCGAUGAAGAAGCCGACUCCGACGACGAGGAUGAAGAAGAAGAAGACGAAGAAGAAGAAGAAACGGCUGCCGUACCACCCGCCACCGAACACGACUCAAGCUACGAAUAUGAAAAGUGGCGGAGACCCGAACCGCCCGGAGAUGACAACGAAUUGGACGCAGACAACCUCGACGAACCCACCGAAAAAGAAAAGGAAACUGACGAAUGGAAGCUCGCCACCAAUGUCUUCCCAGUCUCCGCCGCAGACAAAAAUGUUGACGAAGAAGCGCCCGAGAUUGUCGAGAAGGCGCGCCGCAGACGCGAAGAACGGCGGGCAGCGCGCGAACGUCGCCGGCGGUCGCUGGAGGAGCGGCCAUGA